GCGCCAUUCGCGUACACGCUUCGUUGUGUUCACGGCGGAACGUGCGUAGCGCCUCUCGCCUGUACGCAGUUGUCGUUGCAGAUCUGCCUCCUGACAGCAGGUGAGGUCAAAUGCAGGCGAGAGGAGCGGAAGUGGCUUGCUGACAGGUGGGGAGAGGUUGUUUCAGCCCCGAUGGAACAAAUGGACGACGUGAAAACGGUGCUGGUCGAGAGCCUCAUCGUUUGGCUGCAGACCUUUAACACUGCUGCACCCUGCACAACAGUGGAGGAGCUGACCACUGGAGUGGCAAUUUCACAGGCACUGCAUCAGAUAGACCCAGCAUGGUUCGAUGACGGAUGGCUUGGUCGCAUCAAAACAGAUGUAGAUGACAACUGGAGACUGAAGAUGAACAACCUGAAGAAGGUCCUUCAGAUGGUGGUUGAUUAUUAUAAUGAGGUCUUGGGUCAGGAGAUCUCAGACUUCCCUUGGCCAGAUGUGGCCCUGGUGUCAGAGCAUUCAGACCCUGUGGAGUCGGGGAGGCUGCUGCAGCUCAUACUGGGCUGUGCUGUCAGAUGUGAGCGUAAACAAGAAUACAUUCAGAUCAUCAUGACUUUGGAGGAGUCGGUGCAGCUUGUUGUCAUGACAGCCAUCCAGGAGCUCAUGAGUAAAGAGACCAAGGGCCCUUUUGGAGCAGAGCAGUCAGGGGACCUUGAACAGCAGUUAGAAAAAUCCUGCGAGGACCUUGCUGAACUUUUAGCCGAGAAGGAAGCACUAGCCCAACGCUGUCAAGAGCUAGAUAUACAGAUUGAUUUUUUUCUGUUCCCAGUCUUGUUCAUCUCUCGCCGCAGCGAGGUGGCUGUACUGCAAGAAGAACGAAAUAGCCUAUUGGCUGAGAAUGAUGUCUUAACUGACCGAACCAAUCAGCUUGACACAUUCGAUGACCCUAGCACACCCUCAGGAAGAAAACACAGCCAAUUACAGCAGCAGCUGGAGACACUGCAGGAGGAGAACUUCAGGCUGGAGGCUGCAAAGGACGACUACCGGAUCCACUGCGAAGAGUUGGAGAAGCAGCUGAUUGAGGUGCAGCACCGUAAUGAUGAGCUCACCAGCCUGGCAGAAGAAUCUCGAGCUCUCAAAGAUGAACUGGACGUUCUGAGAAACUGCUCAGAUCGAGUGGUGAUGCUGGAGGCCUCAGUGGACACAUACAAACGUAAACUGGAGAAUCUGGGCGAUCUGAAGCGGCAGAUGAAGCUGCUGGAGGAGAAUAACAUGACCUACAUGCACAAUACUGUCAGCCUGGAGGAAGAGCUACGCAAGGCCAAUGCUGCCCGGGCGCAGCUCGAGACGUACAAGAGACAGGUCCAGGAGUUGCACAAUAAGUUGUCUGAGGAGACGAGGCGAGCGGGCACUCUCGCCUUUGAGAUGAAGAAGCUGGAGGAGAAGCACGAAACUGUGAUGAAGGAGAAAGAGAGGACCAUCAUUGAAAGAGAUUCUCUGAAGGAGAUCAAUGAGGAGCUACGAUGCACUCAGGCUCAACAGCACCAGCUCUCCCAAGCUCAAGCAGGGAUAAUUCCUUCUGCCAGCCCCAGCCAUGAUAACCUGGCAGCUGAAUUAAUACCGAUUGAGUACAGAGAAAAGUUCAUCAGGCUGCAGCAUGAGAACAAGAUGCUCAGAGUGCAGCAGGAGGAAAAUGAGCAUGAGAAGAUCGUUGAUCUGCAGGCUCAGCUGGAGGAAGCACAUAAGACACGCAGUGAACUGGACACUGAGAACAGAUUGAGCCGAGAGCGGAUCAGUGAGCUGCAGCAGCAGGUGGAGGACCUCCAGAAGGCUCUGCAGAGUCAGGUGGCAAAACCCGAUGAUUCAAACCUAAAGCGGAAACUGGAUGCGCACAUGGUUCAGCUGAACGAGGCUCAGGAUGAAAUCAUGAAGAAGAAAGAGCUGCUGGAGGAUCUUCAGCCUGACAACACCCAGACCUCCUUGAAGGUGGAUGAGCUGAUGGCUGCUCUGAAGAAGAAGGAUGACGACAUGCGCGCCAUGGAAGAGAGGUACAAAAUGUAUCUGGAGAAAGCUCGUAAUGUGAUCCGAGCACUGGACCCGAAGUUGAAUCCAGCCACCGCUGAGAUCCAGGCCCUGAGGAACCAGUUAGCAGACCGGGACAAGCAGAUGGUCACCCUGGAACGUCAGUGUGAGCAGGCCCGGCUGAAAGAGUACGAGGAGAAGCUGAUUGUCACAGCGUGGUAUAACAAGAGUCUGAACUUUCAGAAGUUGGCCAUCGAGUCGCGUCUUGGCGGCCGCAGCUCCUCCGCCCUGUCCCCGGGCCAGUCCUUUUUGUCCCAGCAGCGGCAAGUCUCAAACGCCCCACGCCGGGCGCUCUCCAUCAGCGUGCCUCCCACCACCUCCAAAUAGACCUUGUCACAGAGCCAAAUGUCUCACCUUUGUUCAUUGAAGGGGAAAGAUACCCUCCCUCUAUCCCAAAAGUGAGCACUCAAGUGACCUUAAACCCUACAUCUGCUCUCAGGGUCACACAUUGGGAGUGUGGAUCGAUGGGCACUUUCUUAUCAAACAGUACCCUGUAAGUCACCAACCCGUGGUUAGAGUAUACUGUCCCUCUGUUGCAUAGAGCGUUAACAUCACAACUUGUGUUCACCUCACCUCACUGGUGACUGCAGUCUCAGCCGAACACUUAGCCUUUGCUUUCUUAUAUCCUGUAACACUUGGUCAGAAAUGAGGGACGUGGACAAUCUUUAUUCAGAUUUGGAGACUAAAAUAUAUGAAUGUGAUGUUUAAAAAAAGUUACUUGAAUGCUAAUGACAACUAAAUGUAAGAUGAUUGUUGAUGUACGAAGAACAGAUGCAUCAUACUAUGCAGUGAAGAGGGGACCUUUAAGGAAAUGAUUGCUAUAUUUGGUGCUGGUCACCAACUGUUUUGGGCAUCAAACAUCAGUCACUUAGUUUUUUUUCUUCUUUUAAUGGAACAAGCCCAUAAUACAUAGCUGUGAAAACCUUAUAAGUCACAUUAAGUGAUCAACCUCUGAGGUGCUGCAACGACAAAUCACACAAAAUAAAUUGUAUUUCUCAUGUCUUUAGACUCUUGAUUGAGAUUAGACUCCUACAGGGAGCAUUUUUUAAAUGAAAAGUGACAGAACUCUUUUUAAUUCACUGAAUAUGUUGAGCUUUAUUUAGUGUUAAGUAAUCAGGACUCUAGUCAAUGAAGUCGUACUGCUGUAAUGUAAAGAUGAUUUUAACACCAGCGCCUGAUCCUGAUGUUGGGACCUGGUUCAGGAUUCAUACAAUUGUAACACUAGAGGUGUGAUCCCUAUAGAGCUGCAGAGAAGCAGUUGUUCCCUUUGAUAUCUGUGGUUAUUGGCCAUCUGAUCUGAUGGAGUCUUAAGUACGAUGUCUGUUGAUUGAUUGCUGAUUGCUUUGUUCAUCUCUUUGUUUGCAGUAACACUAAAGGGUCAUUUCUGUCUUCAUGGUUUCUGAUCUACAGAUGUUUGUUAAAGUGCUUUUAUUUUCCUUUGCAGGGGCUUAUUCUUGUACAUUGCUGAUUUAAAAGUAGUGUCAUAUAAAAAUUAGAAGUACGAUCAAACGUAUAGCAGUCACAGGUUUGUGUACAAAUGAAGGAAAGUGUGGAAGGCAUAGUGAAGUUUUAAAGCCUUUGUUUUUUUUGUGAAUAAAUAAAUGAAUAAUUUUUUCUAAAGUGUCA